UUUCAAGUUCCCCCAGCAGAAGCUGUGCCUGAUUUGUGGCCAAUGCUGGAGAUGUACGAAAAGGGAGGAAAACACUAAGCGGGUAGCUAUGGAGAUAGACCGUUUUCCUGGCCGCUUUCUUUGACAGGUGUUGAGUAGGUUAAAAGUCUUCAAACAGAGUCCACCAUGUACGCCAAAGGGAAAGGAGCUGUCGUUCCAUCCGAUAGUCAAGCCAGAGAGAAGUUAGCUUUAUACGUGUACGAGUACUUAUUGCAUGUUGGGGCCCAGAAAUCAGCACAGACCUUCCUUUCCGAGAUCCGAUGGGAGAAGAACAUUACGCUAGGGGAGCCUCCUGGAUUCCUCCAUUCAUGGUGGUGUGUAUUCUGGGAUUUGUACUGUGCCGCUCCAGACCGGCGUGAGACCUGCGAGCACUCCAGCGAGGCCAAGGCCUUCCACGACUAUGUGAGUGACAUCCAGACAUGUCUUUUAGCUGAGCCUUAACUUCUCGUCCCAUGGUGCUGUGUUAGGGGCGGGG